AUGUCUGCCCCAGGUAUUCGAAAGUUGGCUGCAGGUGGGAACACGUUCAAAUCUCCUCCAGGAGCUCAGGAUACUCCCAGGGCUAUGGAGCGCCCACCGUCCAUCUCUAAGAUGCAGUGGUAUACCGGGUUUAUCAUGGUGCUUGAAGGAAUGGAUUCUGGCUUCAAAGACGGUGGCCAAGAGCAGAGCAGUAAGAUGCUGCAGCAUGCUGACUGCAGGGACGGCCGGAUCUUCAUCGGCCCCUUCAAGGCUUUUGACAAGCACAUGAAUUUGAUCCUCUGUGACUGUGAUGAGUUCCGGAAGAUCAAGCCAAAGAACUCAAAACAAGCUGAAAGGGAAGAGAAGCGAGCCCUUGGUCUGGUGCUGCUGCGAGGGGAGAACCUGGUCUCAGUGACGGUAGAGGGACCGCCGCCAAAAGACACUGGUAUUGCUCGAGUACCGCUUGCUGGAGCUGCCGGGGGUCCAGGGAUUGGCAGGGAUGCUGGCAGAGGAAUCCCAGCUGGGGUUCCCAUGCCCCAGGCUCCUGCAGGACUUGCUGGGUCAGUCCGUGGGGUUGGUGGGCCAUCUCAACAGGUGAUGACCCCACAGGGAAGGGGCUCAACUGCUGCCACAGCCAAUGUUGCCGGGGCCUGGACACAGUACCCACCUGGCCGUGGGGGUCCUCCCCCUCCUAUGGGACGAGAAGCAUCCCCUCCAGGCAUGAUGGGCCCGCCUCCUGGUAUGAGGCCUCCUAUGGGUCCCCCAGUGGGGAUCCCUCCUGGAAGAGGGACUCCAAUGGGCAUUCCCCCUCCGGGAAUUGCGCCUCCUCCCCCUGGGAUGCGAGGCCUUCUUUGACCCUUGGCCACAGAGUAUGGAAGUAGCUCCGCAGAGGUGUGGACUCGAUU